GACGGUGAAGUCUCAGCCUGUUCAGCGCUAAGGUGGCCGAAGUCUUGCGAUGGAAUCUCCGUGGACCGCGCUCUUCCUACUCCUCUGUAUCUCAGUUUGUAAUGGGGAAGAAACCUCUCUUCGUCACAAUGUGCAAAGCACCGACAGCACACAUUGUCCCAUGUGCCCACGUACCACACGUACUACUACACAUCAUACAACUAAACACACAACUACACAACACAUAACUACACACCCCACCACUGCACACACUAACCAUACAACUACACAACCCACCACUGCACACACUAAUCAUACAACUACACACCCCACCACUGCACACACUAACCACACUACACACCCCACCACUGCACACACUAAUCAUACAACUACACAACCCACCACUGCACACACUAACCACACUACACACCCCACCACUGCACACACUAAUCAUACAACUACACACCCCACCACUGCACACACUAAUCAUACAACCAUACACCCCACCACUGCACACACUAAUCACACUACACACCCCACCACUGCACACACUAAUUAUACAACUACACACCCCACCACUGCACACACUAAUCAUACAACCAUACACCCCACCACUGCACACACUAAUCACACUACACACCCCACCACUGCACACACUAAUUAUACAACUACACACCCCACCACUGCACACACUAAUCACACAACCACACACCCCACCUCCAUGCCACCCCCUGUGGAUUUCUUCAUUAAUGGCAGUUCGGGGGUCUGUCUGAGGAUCACCGCCUCUCUGGAGAUAAUGUUCAACUUCACAGAGAAGGAAGAGAUCCGCGUCCCGCCUCCCCCAGUCACUAAGGUGUCAGGAAACUGCUCCGCGGACAGAGCGGAAAUGAUCCUGCGCUUUACCGGAGCCAGCCUCAGCCUCCUCUUCAGAAAGGACGCGGCCAAUAAUGUUUUCUUCCUGGAACAAGUCAAUAUAACCGUGCGAGGACCAGGCUCUGUUACAACCGGUAGCACUACUCUAAAAGCCAUGGUGACACCUUUGGGACGGUCGUUCUCCUGCCCCCAUGUGACGGUGGAUGUGAUCAGCUCUAUACUGUCGCUGGAGGCCACCAACCUCCGAGCCCAAGCCUUCGAGCUGCAGGAUGGUAAUUACGGGACCGCGAUGGACUGCGCCAACCACACUCACAGCAUGACCGUUCCAAUCGUAGUCGGCGUCGUCCUGGUGGUUCUAAUCUUGGUGGUGGUUCUCGCUUACAUAUUCGGACGGCGCCGCAGUCACGGCGGAUAUCAGCCAUUAUGAGGACGCCGCGGAGCAAGGCGCCACUCCCAAAGGGGAAGCGCAUGUAUUACCGGACGGUCACAA